AAAACAGUUAGCGUCCUCAAGUACUCCACCCAGGCAGACUCUCGGUCGUGAACAACGGGCCGUCUUAUGCAUCGAACCAACCGCGGCGAUUAUCGUAGCAAGCGGAGUCGUAGUCGAAGCCGACCCCGCGGUAGUGGUGAUGGUGGAGCUAUGGCCCGCUACGGACCUGCACCGUCGUCGCGUGACGAUCGUCGGUUCCGGUACGACCGCGAUCUCGGACGGACGAACAGCCGCUACGAAGAUCGAAGCCGAGAGCGCCGGAAUCAAAACUACAGCUACUCUGGGAAUCGCAGCUACCCUUAUGACCGCCACCGACGUGUCGGUCGUAGCCGCAGUAACCGGCGGAGUCAUCGCCGUGAUCGACAACGGUCCAUCUCGCGUGAGACAUAUCGCCAUUCCCGUCGAAUGGGACGAGGAGGCCGCAGUGCUAGUACGGACUAUGGCAGUUAUGAGACUUCAUCGUACAAAGGAGGCAACUCCGACAAGAUGAAGGACUUGAGUGACGACAGCGCAUCCCAUGACGACACGAUUGGGAGCUACGAGGGCGUGCCCGGCGACGUCAUCGACAAUCGUUACGAGAUCCUUCGUGAUGCUGGCCUGGGAACGUUUGGCCGCGUCCUUCUCUGCAAAGACCUCCAGUCCGACUCGAAAAAGGACAUCGUCGCACUCAAGGUCGUGCGCAAAGUGGAAAAGUACUCGGAGUCGGCAAAGAUUGAGGCCAACAUCCUCAAGCACGUGAACGAGAAAGACGAGAACGGCGACUCGUUGUGCGUGCGCAUGCAUCGGUGGUUUGAGUUCCACGGCCACGUGAUCCUCGUGUUUGAGCAGCUCGGGUGCUCGUUGUACGACUACCUCAAGAAACAUAACUACAAGCCAUUUCCCGUCGAUUCGAUUCGAGCGUAUGCGUGGCAACUGCUCAGGUCGUUGAAAUUCCUCCACCAAAUCAGCCUCAUUCACACGGAUCUAAAACCUGAAAACAUUUUGCUCGUCCGCGACACUGAAUCCACGGGCGAUCGCGCGAAAGCGUGCCAGCGCAAAGGCAACCUCGUCCCACCUGCCGAGGACUUUGUCAAACUGAUUGACUUCGGAGGGGCCACGUACGACGACGAGUCGAAGAGCGGCAUCAUCAACACACGGCAAUAUCGAUCGCCCGAGGUCAUGCUCGGUGUGGGGUGGAGCUUUCCAUCGGAUAUCUGGUCGGCCGCUUGCAUCAUUGCUGAAUUGUACAUCGGCGAGCUCUUAUUUGUGACGGUAUGGUUCCCACUUGAUCGACUGGAAUUGUAGCCAAUAUACCGUGCUGUAGCAUGAAAACCUCGAGCACUUGGCGCUGAUUGAGAAGUGCAUCGGGUCGUUUCCGGUCGAGAUGGUGGCCAACGCUGACCGACAAGCUCAAAAAUACUUCACGGCUGACCGGUCGCUAUGUUGGCCCCAAGGCGCAUCGACUCGCGAGAGUGUCGACCAUGUGCGGAAGAUGAAGUCGCUCGAAGAAAUCAUCGACGGCGACGAUGCGCAAGAACUGCUUGAUUUGCUCACGCGCAUGCUUGCAAUGGACCCGAAGGACCGUAUUUCGGCCGCGGACGCCCUCCGCCAUCCGUUUUUCAAGGGCGUCUCGAUCGAGGCGUUGCAUGGAUGAAAAUAGACUGACGCAAUUCGUAUCAUUUUUGAUUGAGAGAUUCCCACGGGAGAUUAUCCAGGGCGGUGUGGAGGUCAGCUUGGGUACGCUCCAAACGGCGCAUCGACUUCUCGAGCAGUCGAAACCGAGCUUCCACUUCAAGAAACUCUUCGAAACUUCUUUCGACAU